AAGUAUUCAACUCACAGUCAACACACUGUCAGCUUUCCCCAAAGAAAAACCUCAAACAAAGAACCCUCUCACACUGUUUCUUUUUCCUUUUGGUGACCACUUUUUCUUCCCAGCCUCAUUCAUGGCGGCUAUCAAGCUUCUCUCUCUCUGCAUUUGCAUUCUUCUCACUCUCACUCACUCUGCUUCAGAUGUUGAGUUGCUUUUGAUGAAGAUUAAGCCUUCACUGCAAGGAACCGCCGAGAACUUGCCGUUGUUGUCCUGGAAUGCAUCAGUCCCACUCUGUCAAUGGAGAGGCCUAAAAUGGGCUUUCAGCAACGGCUCUUCUUUGCUCUGUUCUGACCUUUCUUCACCGCAAUGGACUAAUUUGUCUUUGUAUAAAGACCCCUUUUUGCAGCUAAUCUCUCUUCAGCUCCCAUCGGCAAAUCUCUCUGGAACUUUUCCAAAAGAGAUUGGAGAGCUCACAAACCUCCAAAGUCUCUAUCUUGGUGUGAAUUCAUUAUCUGGGCCGAUACCUUUAGAGCUCGGGUACAGUUCUUCUCUAUCAGACAUUGAUUUUAGCCACAAUUUGCUUAAAGGGUCACUGCCAACUUCCAUCUGGAACCUGUGUGACCGCCUCGUUUCUCUUCGGCUCCACGGUAACUCACUCUCCGGUUCUCUGCCUGAGCCUGCAUUGCCUGAUGCUACUUGCAAGAAUCUGCAGGUUCUUGAUUUGGGACAGAAUGGAUUUACUGGGAAUUUCCCUGAGUUCAUUGUUGGAUUUCAUGGGCUUAAACAGCUUGAUCUUGGGGAUAAUGUGUUUUCCGGGCCAAUCCCUGUGAGUAUAACUGGUCUAAAGCUGGAAAAGUUGAAUCUUUCUCACAAUAACUUUACUGGGGUUUUGCCAAAUUUUGGGGAAUCAAAGUUUGGAGUGGAUGUUUUUGAAGGAAAUAGUCCUGGUCUUUGUGGGCCACCUUUGAGGACUUGUGGUGGAGGCUCUGGAUUGAGUUCUGGAGCAAUAGCUGGACUUGUUAUUGGUUUGAUGACUGGAGCUGUGGUGUUAGUCUCAUUGUUGAUAGGGUAUUUCCAGGGGAAAAGAAAGAAGAAUUUGGAUGAAGAAGAGGAGGAAUUUGAGGAGGUAGAAGAUGAGGAAACCAGUAAUAGUGGUGGUGGAGAUGGGAAAUUGGUUUUGUUUCAAGGGGGAGAGCAUUUAACUUUAGAGGAUGUCCUGAAUGCCACAGGGCAAGUCAUGGAGAAAACUAGUUACGGGACGGUGUACAAGGCGAAGUUGGCUGAUGGAGGAACAAUUGCUUUGAGGUUGUUGAGAGAGGGGAGUUGCAAAGAUAGGAGUUCAUGUUUGCCGGUGAUUAAGCAGUUGGGCCGGAUUCGACAUGAGAAUUUGAUCCCGUUGAGAGCUUUCUAUCAGGGGAAAAGAGGGGAGAAGCUUCUCAUUUAUGACUAUCUGUCCAAUAAGACCCUUUAUGAUCUCUUACAUGAAUCGAGAGUGGGGAAACCGGUGCUAAAUUGGGCUAGGAGACACAAAAUCGCUUUGGGGAUUGCCAGAGGGCUAGCUCAUCUUCAUGGUCUUGAAACACCAAUAACCCACGGGAACGUGAGAUCAAAAACCAUUCUUGUAGACGACUUCUUCGUGGCGAGGCUCAAUGAGUUUGGACUCGACAAGAUAAUGGUUCCAUCUGUGGCAGAUGAAAUAGUAGCACUAGCUAAAACAGAUGGGUACAAAGCACCCGAGCUUCAGAAGAUGAAGAAAUGCAAUUCCAGGACUGAUGUUUAUGCAUUCGGCAUAGUACUACUCGAGAUUCUAUUGGGGAAAAGGCCAGGUAAAACUGGAAGAAAUGGGGAGUUUGUCGACUUGCCUUCGUUAGUCAAGGUGGCAGUUUUGGAGGAGACCACUAUGGAAGUUUUCGACGUGGAGCUCUUGAAAGGUAUAAGGAAUCCAAUGGAAGAAGGGUUAGUUCAGGCCUUAAAGCUAGCAAUGGGGUGCUGUGCUCCGGUGGCCUCUGUUAGGCCGACAAUGGAUGAGGUUGUGAGGCAGUUAGAAGAGAAUAGACCGAGGAAUAGGUCUGCGUUAUACAGCCCGGUGGAAACUAGGAGUGGAAGUGUUACUCCAUUUUAAGCUUUCUUUUUUUUUUUCCUCAUUUAAUUGUGAAUGUUCAUGAGAUCUUCUGUUUAACGUUAGUGGGGAGGGUAUAUUGUUAAGAGUUUCUUGUGUUGGUUUUA